AUGACGGCUAAGGAUCAGCAGGUAUUGCCAAGUCAUACUUGUGGAAAUCCUGGCAAGUUACAGAAUGGAUUGCAGCAGGGAACCACAUUCAAUAUUGGUGACAAAAUCCGGUUCAGCUGUAAUGUCGGCCACUUCCUGGAGGGACAUGCAGUGUUGACUUGCCUGGUCAGCACACACAACAGUGCUUCAUGGGAUUUUCCAGUUCCCUUUUGCAGAGCAGACGAUGGUUGCGGAGGGACCCUACGAGGACAGAGUGGGGUUAUCUCGAACCCUGGUUUUCCAUCAGAUUAUGACAAUAAUGCAGACUGCACUUGGACUAUUCUGGCAGAACCUGGCGACACCAUUGCACUGGUCUUCACAGACUUUCAACUGGAAGAUGGAUAUGACUUCUUGGAGGUCAGCGGGACAGAAGAUUCGUCAACAUGGCAAGUGUACAAAUUCAUUAUUAUUAAAUUAAACCUAAUGGUGUUUAUGCAGAGUGGGAUCUGAGCUUUGAUCUAUUGUGAAAAGGAUACAGGGAAACCUCAGUGCAACUCUACUGACACAUUGAGUUGUUUUGAUUUCCAGAUGAUGCUGUUAUUCAUGAUGUUUUGUUGUGAGUAUUCGUACCCCUUUCUCCAGGGUUGAUCUCUAGGAUAUAAAUCCUGGUAGGUUGUGUGUUGCAGAAUUAACAACUUUUGUAAUUUCUUCCGACUCCUCUGCUUGUGUUUUCACUGCAUUUAUCACAGGAUGCAGUGCAUGACUGAAAACUAUUCAUGUUUUUAUCAAAUUAAAAUAAAGAGAAAAUAUG